AUGGAAGCACCGCCGCUCUCGUUACCAGAAGGCUCUCAACGUACACCCACGGAUUCGCGGCAGAGUGUCAUCAAUCCCAGGCGUAUACCCAUGGAUUCCGACGGCGUAUACACCCACCGAGAUGGUUAUCGGAGUGAAGCGGCACACAAGCUCUGCGCUAGUGCUUGUGCUCCGGACAGCGCAUCGGUGCAUCGCCGGUUUGCGUCGACGACGAUGGAAAGGAGGACGGGGUUGGAGAUUAUGGCCGACGUUUUGGAGAAGCUGGAUCAAGUUGGGAAGGUGGUGAGGCUGGCGAGCGAUAUUGUCGCUCGAGCGGAGGGUGACGCUGCCAACGCGCACGUUAGCAGCCCUUCGCACCCCGGCGGCUCUCAGGCUGUUCCUCACGCAAGAUCUGACGCAUCACACGCAAGGAGUUCUCCCUUGCGCACCGGUGGCUCGACCUCCCCUGCUGCCAGCACCGUCUUCUACUCCGACAACUCCUCUCAUGCAAGCGCUCACUCUAACACUCUGAAUCGGCACUCGCAUCCGGAUGUUGCUCGCCACCCAAUUCCUACCGUCGCCCGUAUCUCGCACGCGGACACCCCACACCCUCCCCCCAACAUCACACGCAUCUUCAACUUCCUCAUCGCUUGGAUGAAGCGCAGCCCCGACACGGUGGUCCCACACGUGUGCCGCUCCGCGCCUUUGGUGUCGAGUCCGGCGGUUCUGGUCGCCUUGGUGGCGUAUGUUGCGUGGAACCCUCGGCAGAGGAACGCUCCUGCGUACUAUGAUGCGCAGACCUCUGCGCAUGCGCAUGACACGCCAGCUCCCCAACGACGAGAGGCUCGCGAAGCCUCUCAACUUGCUUUUGAAUGCCUUGCGCACUAUCUGGUUCAGUGCGGUGAGGGUCGCCGCGAUGAACGUCCCGAGGACGCACCGAUGAAUCGACAAGGAGAUACAACCCAUACCCAUUAUGAAAGACGAUACCCAUCUCAACCUCCCAGUGGGGACCUGCGACCACGCUCGAGCCCUGACUGCCCACUCAGCGGAGACUCGCGCGACCGCCAAAACGAACGACGGAAUAUUUGGCUGGCCUACUUGGCCGAUCUGGAAGACCAUAACGCGCGAGCGUUCGUGUACGACUGUACAAUGAUCGUCCACCGAAUCGAUUCCGAGAGUGAGAGGAAUGUGACUGACCGGGAGCAAGGAUAUAAUACGACUGAAUGUCCGGGUCAAGGACACCGCUCCAUUGCGAACCAAGGACAUUAUCAGACCGUGAGUCACGGACACUAUGUGACUGUGAACCGAGGACAGAACUCGAUGGAAGAUCAAGACGCCUUUCUCCUGAGGCGAUGUCUCAUGGACGAUGCUUUGUAUGUUGCACGCAGAUUGCAGCAGCGCGGUGUGGCGUUGAGCGAGUUGCACUGCGGCUCGGAGCUGCUCAAGGCCUUGAGCCGAGUAAGAUCGAGAUAUCCUUGA